AUGACAGAAGCACAGCGUCAGUGUGGGGCCCAGUUAUGCACCCGAGGGAGACAUGGCAAGGAGGGAGAGGCAAAAAUGGAGUUUACAGAUAAGAUGGAGUCAGUUAGGCUAGCACAAGCUAGGUUAUUACAGCACAAUCAUAGCUCACUACAGCCACAGCCUCUUAGGCUCAACCGAUCCUCCCAUCUCAGCCUCCUGAGUAACUGUGUUCACAGAAAGCCAAGGAAAAACAUGCUUCCUUUCUGGACGGAUCUUUGUUCCAUAUUUGGCUCAAACAAGGAUCUAAUUAUUCUAGAAAUCAAUAAUAGUUUUCUUAGUGCCUCACUGUUAAGGAUCCUGUGUGAACAAAUAGCUUCUGACACCUGUCAUCUCCAGAGAGUGGUGAUCAAAAACAUUUCCCCAGCUGAUGCUUAUCAGAACCUCUGCCUAGCUCUUCAAGGUCACAAGACUGUAACACAUCUAAGACUUCGAGGCAGUGCCCAGAAUGAUAUGCUUCUGGCACUGUGUGAGGUCCUGAGGCACCCAAAAUGUAACCUGCAGUAUCUCGGGUUGGUGUCUUGUUCUGCUACCACUCAGCAGCGGGCUGAUCUCUCCUUGGCCCUUGAAGUCAACCAGUCCCUGACGUGCGUAAAUCUCUCCAACAGUGAGCUCCUGGAUGGGGGUGCCAAGUUGCUGUACGCAACUUUGAAACACCCAAAGUGCCUCCUGCAGAGGUUGUCGUUGGAAUACUGUCACCUUACAGAAGCCGAUUGCAAGGACCUGGCUGCCGUUUUGGUUGUCAGCCGGGAGCUGAUGCACCUGUGCUUGGCCGAGAACCCCCCCCUCAGGGAUACAGGGGUGAAGUUUCUGUGUGAGGGCUUGAGUUACCCCGAGUGUAAACUACAGACCCUGGUGCUGUGGAACUGUGACAUAACUAGCAAAGGCUGCUGUCACCUUGCAAAGCUUCUCCAUGAAAAAUCAAGCCUAAUGAACUUGGAUCUGGGGCAGAAUGACAUAGGAGUUCCUGGAGUGCAGGGCCUCUGUGAAGCUUUGAAGAAACCGCUUUGUAACUUGUAACGUCUGUGGUUGUGGGGAUGUUCCAUCCCUCCGGCCAGUUGUCAGAACCUCUGCUGUGUCCUCAGCUGCAACCAGACCCUCAUCACUCUGGACCUGGGCCAGAAUUUCAUGGAGUAUAGUGGAGUAAAGUUGCUGUUUGAAAUAUUGACAUGUCCAAAUGGCACCCUCCAGACACUCAGAUUGAAAGUAGAUUACUUUAAUGAUGAACUCAAUAACCUGCUCAAAGAAAUAGAAGGCAGCAACCCACAACUGACUGUUGAUACUGAGAAUCAAGAGCCCUGGAAAAAAAGGUCUUCUCGCUACAUCACUAUCUGA